AUCAAGUUUGAGUGAAUAGUGGCCAAGGCGGUAGCUGUGUGGAUAGAGCUUUACAUGUUCAACUGUUCUUGGGUUUAUGAAUUGGAAUAGCUUGUUAGGCUUAAAAUGGACAUGAAAAAAAGAAUUCAUCUAGAGCUGCGGAAUCGAACACCUUCAGACGUGAAAGAACUUGUUCUUGAUAACUGCCGCUCAAAUGAAGGAAAAAUUGAGGGCCUCACAGAUGAAUUUGAAGAAUUGGAAUUCUUAAGUACAAUCAAUGUGGGCUUAACAUCAGUUGCAAACUUGCCCAAACUAAAGAAAUUAAAAAAGCUUGAGCUCAGUGAUAACAGAAUCUCAGGCGGUCUGGAAGUCUUGGCGGAGAGAUGUCCGAACCUCACACACCUGAACCUCAGUGGAAACAAAAUCAAAGACCUCAGCACCAUAGAACCUCUGAAAAAACUAGAAAACCUGAAGAGUUUAGACUUGUUCAACUGUGAGGUGACCAACCUGGGGGAGUACCGAGACAACGUGUUCACGCUGCUGCCCCAGUUGACCUACCUGGACGGGUACGACAAGGAGGACAAGGAGGCCCCCGACUCUGACGCAGAGGGCUACACCGGCCUGGACGACGAGGACGACGAGGACGAGGACGGGGUAGAGGAGGAAGACUAUGAUGAAGAUGCUGCCCCAGGAGACGAAGAUGAAGAUGAGGAGGAGGUAGAGGAGGAAGAAGAUGAGGAGGCAGGAGACGAGGAUGACUUGAGUGGGGAGGUGAGCUUGUCGCCAUCUAAACGUGAGGAUCGGGGACAGAAAAGGAAACGAGAAGCAGAUGACGAAGGAGAAGAUGAUGACGACGAUGAUGAUGAUGAUGAUGACGACUAGAGACGCUGUCGUACCCUCACCAUACCCCCUCGUAUUGUUUUAAGCAUAUGUCUCCUUGUUGGUUUUUAAGCUAUUAUAUUGGGUGGGAGUGGGAAAUGUUAACCAUGGGUUUAGUUGGGAAUUACAAUAUUUUUUUUUAUGUUAUUGGAAUUUAAUUUCUUCCCUCUGUUAUCGAGCCACUAGAGAGACUGCACUGACAUUUGUGUAACCAGAAUUGGAAAUCCAUGUUCAAGAUGUGUCUCUGUGUGCUCGCACAUCCUGUCGGCAGUGUCCGUUUCCCCACGAUGGACCCAUGUACCCAUGCCUUGGACUGAAUGCCCUACAUACCUGCCUGUGUUCUCUAUCCUUUGUUAAUGAAGUCUGUAGCACCAUGUCUUGUCAGGGAUGCUGAGAAUCCUAAUAUACUGAAUUCCCCUCAUGUAGAUUUAUAAUGAAUGUCCUCCAUCAUCACAAGAUUAAUUCUUACCUUUUCUUGAAAAGUCUGUGGAUUUUUGUAAAUAGUGACCAAAACCUUUUCUAUGCUAGUUUGAUAAUGGUGGACAUUUCUUAUAUUUCCCUGUUGUAAUCAAUAAAUUAAAUAUUGUAAAAUGAAA